AUGACGUUCCAGACACCCAUGUUAGCGCUGGCACUCCCGCAGACGCAGCCUCGUGGUCAAAAUGGUGUUUCGUUCACUACGAAGGAAUCUGCACUGACUCGGCGUUGGCGUGUGAUUGUCGGUGUGGUGGUUGCAUCUCUGUGCCUGUGCGUCGUGCUGGUAUUUUGGUGCCUCUUUAUUCGACUGCCGCCGUAUGAGGCGUCUGCGGGGCGCUCAGUGCACAACCCGCUGUUUUCUGAGAUGAAACCGCAGCAGCAUAUUGAGAAGGAAAACAAUUUGACUGAAGAGCGUCAACACGACAUCGAGAAACGUUUUGAGACGACGCGGGACUUCCACGACGAGAAGCAGAUUGUAAUGGUGCUUACCCAUUUCAGGAACGGCGAUGCGUGCGCUCAAACGCUCGUUGAUGCUCGUGCGACGGCAUUCUUGGCAUCACGGGUGCACUUUCGCGUGUUCGAAGAGCUCUAUCUAACGCAGGAGAAGACGUGUGUACAGCGGUUUUGCGAGCUGAAGCCGAGCGAUUGCAAGCAACUGCUGCGAUCUGGACAGCUUCGCACGCAGAGGAGAGAUGCGUCAGGAGCAGUUGGAGCGACCGUUGCCCGAUACAUGGCGGAGGGACUGGUGGAACGCAAGUUUGCGAAUGACUUUUACCUUUCGGUGGAUCCAGCAGUCGUGGUGUUCACGCAGCAGUGGGACCUAGAGCUACUGAAACAAUGGUACAAUGUGGGCAAUGAUAUGGCCAUCUUGAGCGUUGCACUCAAGUCCGUUGACCUGCGUGAGCUGACAAACUCAAUCAUCCUCGUGCAAUGCUCGGCGCGCAUCCACUCCAAGUCUGCAGAUGCUGUGGUGGCAUUCAAUCCCCCUGAGCCACUACCACGUCAAGGCGCUGCAUUGCUUUCGCCGGUGUUGCAUACACAGUACUCUGAAGUGUUCCACUUUGGUCCGACUCGAGCGCUCUUUGAAGUGCGUUCGGACCCGCACACGCCUUUCAUUUCCGUCGGACAUGAGUACGCGCGAGCCGCGCGCUUUUGGACUCACGGUUACGACUUCUAUGCUCCUAACAAGGACACGCUAUUUGCUCGUUACCAGUGGCAAGAACCACCGCUACCCAUGUCUUCUGGAGCAAUUGAUGAUGACACGGACAAGCUACGGCAACUCAGAAUAGACAAGGCACAUCGGCGUAUUCGACGACUGCUUGGAUUGCCUGUAUCAGUUCAAGAUGAACAGCUCGAGCAACCUGUGACCUACGCAUUGGGCAGCCAUCGAACCAUAGCGGCAUGGCUGCACUUUUCGGGCGUCGAUCCUCGUGCAGCUUACAACGAGUCCACGACCAAUCAAUUCACACGCUGUGGUAAAGUCCAUUACGUUCACUACUGA